AUGGCGUCAUCGAAAUCAACCUCGCAACGCUUAUUGAAGGAGCUGAAGGACUAUGCCAGCAAUCCCAAUGAGGCGCUGCUCCAUUUAGGCCCAGUCAGUGAUGAGGACCUGCUGCAGUGGGAGGCUGUCUUGCGAGGUGUGCAAGGGACGCCCUAUGAAGGCGGUCUCUGGCAACUGCAUAUUCAAGUCCCGGCUAAUUACCCUCUCUCGCCGCCCACCAUCCGUUUUAAGACCCGAAUCUCACACCCCAACAUCUCCUUUACAACGGGCGAGAUCUGCCUCACUUUGUUGACGAGCGAGCACUGGAGCCCGGUCUACACGAUUUCGACCACGCUAUCUGCCAUCCAUCAACUACUGACCGACCCGCGGCCGGACUCGCCGUUGAAUGUCGACGUUGCCGCUCUUCUACGCGACGGUGAUAUUGCCGGGUGGGAAAGUAUUGUGAGGUAUUGGACUGGGGAAGAACGAUGGCAGGGUGCAAACAAUACUACUGUCAAGCCGGCUGCUUCAUAG